UUUCGUUUUUUUGCAACAGGUUUUUUUUUUUAAGAGUUAAUUGUUAAACAUUUUCCAGCACACUACUACUGGCAUUCUGCUAUAGAGAAGAUGCUCAAAAACUAUUGUUUGAAAUGGAAAAUCUUUUGAUGUAUUCUUUUGCUGGGAUCUCAUCAAUUUUAUUAGUGAUUUUGUCAUCAUUGGUGCAAUUCUUGGGAGUAUUGUUGAUUACCGUAGCUUGUUAUCACUGCGGGCUAUUAACAAUGAGCGUUUUGUUUGUAUCGUUCACUAAACACAUCAACAUCUUUUUCUUUCCCUAAUGUUUGGCUUCCAGGGUGGAGUUUUAGUAAAAAUUACAGAAACGUGUCCUCCUUUGAACUGCUCAGAAAAGGAUCACAUUCUUCCUGAGAACCAAUGCUGCAGUGUCUGUAGAGGUCAUAACUUUUGUGCAGAAGGGCCUAAAUGUGGUGAAAACUCAGAGUGCAAAAACUGGAAUACAAAAGCUACUUGUGAGUGCAAGAAUGGUUAUAUAUCUGUCCAGGGAGACUCUGCCUACUGUGAAGAUAUUGAUGAGUGUGCGGCGAAGAUGCAUUACUGUCAUGCCAAUACUGUGUGUGUCAACCUGCCUGGGCUGUAUCGCUGUGACUGUGUCCCGGGCUACAUUCGUGUGGAUGACUUCUCUUGCACAGAGCAUGAUGAAUGCAGUACCGGGCAGCACAACUGUGACGAGAAUGCCAUCUGCACCAACACUGUCCAGGGACACAGCUGCACCUGCAAACCGGGUUACGUGGGGAACGGGACCAUCUGCAGAGGUAGGCUGGCUGUUGGAGGGGCGAGCUCUGAUCUGCCACCCUGCCUGGAUCUUUGUGCUCCUGUGGCAGACCCUCUUCGACAUCCUGGUGGCUGAGUGUGAC